CGGCUCAUUCACGAACGACACAUCACCACUGCGUACAUAGUACUGCAGCAAUUUAUCUACGUUAAUGCCUCAGUCUUUGUAAGCUACAUGACAUUUUCCAGAUAAAAUGAGCUUAUAAUUUACUGGCGCUGUUUUUGACCAGCAGGAACUAAAGUUUCGUUUUUUCGAAACCAGACCGGACAACUGAAGAAGAGACACAAGAACCGUUAGAAACAAGUGGAGCUCAGCAUAGCGGCAAAGCAGUAUUUUGGAAAAAGUUGCCUGAAUUUAUAAAAGCAGUAUUAAAUAUAUAUACAUAUAUAUUGUCAAGCAGAAAGAAAUGGCUACCGACUCGUGGGCAUUGUCUGUUGAUCAACAAGAAGCAACAACCAAAAUAUUUGAAGUGCUGCGGAUUAGAGAAAGUCGAGUCGUCCAGAAUGCUGAACUGAAAGAAACAGAAAAACCUACAGAUGGUGACAAAUCGGAUGAAGAAGAAAAAGAGGACCGAGCUGCACAGUCUCUUCUUAAUAAGUUAAUCAGGAACAGUCUGGUCAACAACACAAACCAGGUGGAGGUGCUGCAGAGAGACCCGAAUUCACCACUCUACUCGGUCAAGACAUUUGAAGAGCUGCAUCUAAAACCUCAGCUGCUGCAGGGAGUCUACGCAAUGGGCUUCAACAGACCUUCAAAAAUCCAGGAGACCGCACUGCCGAUGAUGCUGGCAGAACCACCGCAGAACCUGAUCGCUCAGUCUCAGUCCGGGACGGGGAAAACCGCUGCCUUCGUACUGGCCAUGCUGAGCCACGUCGACCCGGCGAACAAGUGGACUCAGUGUCUGUGCCUGUCUCCAACCUAUGAGCUCACCCUACAGACAGGUAAAGUCGUGGAGCAGAUGGGCAAGUUCUACCCUGAGGUGAAAUUGGCAUACGCCAUUCGAGGCAAUAAAAUGGAUGGUGGGAGUAAAAUCCAGGAGCAGAUCGUGAUCGGCACCCCAGGCACCAUGUCUGACUGGUUAACCAAAAAAAAGGUGAUCGACCCCAAGAAGGUUCGGGUGUUCGUACUGGACGAGGCCGACGUCAUGAUCGGCAUGCAGGGUCACCAAGACCAGAGCAUCCGCAUCCAGAGGAAGCUGCCCGAAGACUGUCAGAUGCUGCUCUUCUCUGCAACCUUCGAGGACACAGUGUGGCAGUUUGCCGAGCGCAUCGUCCCUGAUCCCAACGUUAUCCGACUGAAGCGAGAGGAGGAGACCCUGGACACCAUCAAGCAGUAUUACGUGCUCUGCAAAGACAGACAGGACAAGUUUAACGCGCUGUGUAACAUCUACGGCGCAAUCACAAUCGCACAAGCCAUGAUCUUUUGCCAUACUCGCAGGACAGCAGCCUGGCUGUCAGCAAAGAUGGCAGCAGACGGUCACCAGGUGGCGCUGCUGAGCGGAGAACUGGCCGUCGAACAAAGAGCGGCAAUCAUUGAGCGCUUCAGAGAAGGCAAAGAGAAAGUGCUGAUAACCACUAACGUGUGUGCGAGAGGUAUCGACGUAGAGCAGGUUUCCGUGGUGAUCAACUUUGACCUCCCCCUGGACAAAGACGGCAACCCAGACAACGAGACCUACCUGCACAGGAUCGGCAGGACGGGGCGCUUCGGCAAGCGAGGCCUGGCCAUCAACAUGGUGGACAGCAGGCGGAGCCUGGCCGUGCUCCGAGCCAUCGAGGAACACUUCAAUAAGAAAAUAGUGAAGCUGGACACGGGGGAUCUUGACGAAAUGGAAAAGAUUGCACACUGAUUGAGGUGAUUAAGAAGAGUUAACUGCACUACAUAACAUAACAUCCGGCUUGAAUUGAGUUUACUCUGAGCUAAGGACGUGUUUACAUUUCCACUUACCUCGCCUUACCUUUAAAGAAAACGUUUUAAACUUGAACCUUUGCCUUUGACUUUAUCCUUAGCUGAUAGUUAAUAAGUUUUGAGGUUGUUUUGUUUCGGUUGAUGCACUUUCUGUUUUCAUUAACAGGUCAGUGACACUGCUCACUGCAUUAAGCUAAUUAAUUACUGAGGGGUUUUUUUGUGUGUGGAGUUUUUUUGGGUUUUUUUUGGCCAGACUAAUUACAUGCAAUCGUAGCUGUAUUCUGUUGUCGUUUUCUACUGUGAAACGAACACCAUUCGGUGUCUCUAAAGAACUAUAUGCAUUUUGAUGCAUAUGCUGUGGAAAGCACACGGGUCCAAAAACCAACCAAAGGGAGUAUUAGUCUUAUCAAUAUGACACUAAUGUUGCACUUUGACUGACAUUUUGAGGAUCAGGAUUUGAAGAAUGUAAAAUAAAAAAUAAAAAAAACCUCCUUCCUAGAAUAUAUAUAUAUAUGCAUUCCUAGUCAUUUAAAGCACUCCUUUAAGUGAAGGACUGUUACAACCCAUCUGUUCCGGUGAGACGUUUAUCCCUUGCGAUGACAAGAGGAGUAAAAUAAAAACAGUUUCAUUUUUGGAUCUAAGAUCAUAUCAUUAUGAUAGGUUUUUUGUUCGUGUGUUUACCGACGUAUUCCUGGAUGAUUAGAGAUGGUUCCGUUUGUGUGAUUUCUUUAAGAUGAAGGAACGGCUGAUUGAAUAUUUUUUGCUUUGUUACUUGAAGUAUGCACUUUGGUUUCUGAACGCUGUGUUUGCGUUCGAGCGAACUCGGUUACAGACGUGCUGUACAAUUUAAUUUGCGGCACUCGCUUUGUUUUUUUGUUUGUUUGUUUUUCCUGUUCUGCAGGAUUCAGCUAUUUGGAGUUGUUUACUGAUUUGUUGAAUAAAAAAAAAAAAUCCUGCCUACUGGAA